GGUUUCACAGUAAUAUGCUCUCUGUCUUCGCCGGAAUUGGUAUCUGGUAUAACAAAGGAUUUCACAGUAAGAAGCUCUCUGUCUUCGCCGGUAUUGGUAUCUCGUAUAACAAAGGAUUUCCCAGUAAUAUGGCUCUCUGUCUUCGCCGGAAUUGGUAUCUGGUAUAACAAAGGAUUUCACAGUAAUAUGCUCUCUGUCUUCGCCGGUAUUAGUAUCUCGUAUAACAAAGGAUUUCCCAGUAAUAUGGCUCUCUGUCUUCGCCGGAAUUGGAUCUCACAGGGCUUUCUGUCUUCGCCGGAAUUGGUAUCUAUAACAAAGGAUUUCACAGUAAUAUGCUCUCUGUCUUCGCCGGAAUUGGUAUCUCGUAUAACAAAGGAUUUCCCAGUAAUAUGGCUCUCUGUCUUCGCCGGAAUUGGUAUCUCGUAUAACAAAGGAUUUCACAGUACAGCAGUAUAUCGAUAUGGUUCUCUGUCUUCGCCGGAAUUGACUACCAUGGAGACAGCCGUUGCAGGACCCGCAAUAAACAAGACGGAACUAGUUCUCCGUCCAAACUUUGGAAAGGUGGGACGUCCUGUGAACGUGCGUGUAAACUACUUCGAGGUAGUCAGUCUGCCCGACGGCACCAUAUAUCAAUAUGACAUCGACAUAUCACCCGAUGUUCCACCAAUUUUAAAUAAACGCAUUUUUCAAGCGUUUGCAGCAGAAAAAUUGGGUGGGACGAAAGCUGUUUACGAUGGCCGAAAAAAUGUCUAUACCCUUGAACAAUUUCCUUUUUCUGAUACGUUAACGGAUACGAUAACCCUCCCCCCGAAUAAUGAGUCAAGAGGGUCGAGCAGGCAGCCGCCGUCGAAAUUCACCGUUAAGAUGAAAAAGGUGGCCUCGAAGAAUCUCGAAGAGGCUCUGCGUUACGUCAAGGGCGAGAGCGCCUGUUCGAAUAAUAUAUUAACGGCGAUAAGCGCCUUAAACAUAUUAAUCAACUACGUUCCGGGAAAUAAGUUUAAGGCCGUUGGACGCCGAGCAUUCUAUACAAAGGAAGGAAGCGUAUCUUUGUCAGGCGGUGUAGAAGUCUGGCCAGGAUACUGGCAAUCACUUCGUCCCGGUCAAGGACGCUACUUUAUAAACUUUGACAUAUCGGCAACAGCAUUUUACGAACCAGGCAAUGCUGCCGAACUUUUAGUCAAACUCUUUAAACGAUCCGGAAUAGAAGACUUCCGGCGCGGUUUAAACCGAAAAGACAUCUUAAUCGCCCAACGCUUUUUCAAGAAUUUGAAAUUUCGCGUCAAUCAUCGAGGGGCGGACUUUCAACGUCGUUACAAAGUAAAGACGGUCACCGCAACGUCGGCUAGUCAGACGGAAUUCAUGAAAGGCAAGAAUUUUAAUUAUCUUGUGAUCAACAUCUAUCUUGUGAUCAACAUCUGCAAGGUUUCCACGAUUCUAAUUCUAGAUUUAUUAUUAUUGACAGAGGAUCAAAAGAGCAAUGUAGCUUCAUACUUUGCAGAGCGCUAUAGAAGACUUCUAUAUCCAUUCUUACCUUGCCUAGUCACUCCAAAUGGAUCAAACUUUCCUCUUGAAGUUUGUAAAAUUGAGGAGGGUCAGAAGUACCUUCGGAAAUUAAAUGACGAUCAAACACGCGAAAUGAUACGAUUUACAUGUCAACCACCUUCUGUUCGCGCCGAAAGGAUCCAAAAAGGUGUCGACGUUAUUUUUGAUGAAAACGAGUACUGUAAACGAUGGGACGUUAAGUUGUCCCAUAAAAUGAUUCAGGCGGAAGCAAGAGUGCUUCCUCCACCUAAAAUUACCUAUCAUCCGUCUGGACGGGAGGCAGUAUUCGUUCCCAAGGGUGGACAAUGGCAGUUAGGGCCACAGAAAAAGAUGUUAAAAGGCGAGACUCUCGAGUCUUGGUCUAUACUUGUUUUCGGAAGCGAGCAACAGGUGCCGAGAAGAAUUAUCCAGGAUUCCUUACGUGCACUUUGUGACACGAUGACCGAAAAUGGCAUCAACAUUAGAAAUCGAGAGCCGGCUAUUUUCUACGCUAAUCCCCAAGGUGAUAUAGCCAAUGCCUUACAAAGAGCUUAUCAAGAAGCUGGUAAGCAGAGUGGAAAAAACCCACAACUACUUAUGUGCGUUCUUCAAGGUCGUUCGGUCCUCUAUGAAGAAAUUAAGCGUAUAGGUGAUACUAUUAUCGGUAUUCCGACGCAGGCAAGUAUUAACAUUGGAAAGUAUUCGAGAUGUGACGUCUUGACAACCUAG